AAACUCUUUACAUCCAUUACUGAAUAUCAGAUUUCAUAUUCAUUGAAAAUAGUUGCUGAUAUUCAUUGUUUUGAUAAAGAAACAUUAUGAAUGAUAGUUUGAUUGCAGUUAAAACGAUCAAUCCAACAUGGAACGAAAAACGUCAUAAAUUUCUAAUAAUUUUAAUAGUUUUUGGAAUGAUUUCAAAUAUUGUUCUCAUAGUUAUUGUAUCUCUAACAAAGAGUUUAAUUAAAAACAGUUUCAGACGUUCAUCACGAAAAUAUGGUGAAAUAACAAGAUCAAGUGAUAAAUCUCUUCCAACAAAACAUAUACUUCAAUCUAUAAUAUUAUCAAAAUGUUGUACAAUUUCGAACGAUGAAAAAGAGUUCAUCAUUCAAUCCAAGUCGACACAUUCCUGUUGUGAAUUUGAAAUGAAUUGGGGUUGUUGUUAUUACAAGACUCAAUGUCAUAGUCAUUGUUUCUCAACUUCAUCUAUAGUCACUCCAGUACCAACUACUAUAGAGUUGAAUGUUUUAUCAAGUCAUCGAAAUAGUAGUUAUGCUGAUGAUUCUGUAACAGAAAUUCCAGAAAAAUCAGAAAAUCUAUCUAUUAAUUCAAAAACAAAUUUAGAUCAAUACAAGUUAAAUCAACCAUGUGAAAUAAAUAAAUCAUUUUUUCUAAAUACAAAUCAACACUUAACAAACUAUGAACAACAUUCCAAUUCUAAUAUGAAUGAAUCAAAUCUGAGUGAUAUGAAAUCAAAUCAAGAAUUAACACUACCUAGUACAUCAAUCCAUUACUGUCAUAGAUCUUUAUCUUCAUUUCCUAAUGAACAAACUAUUCCAGAUCUUGAACAAACUGCAUGGUAUAUUUUAUGUUUUUUAAUAGAAAUUUUAGCAUUUGCACAAAUUGGUUAUUUACUAUUUGAAGAUCUGUUACCAUGGAUAUCAAAUUUAUUAAUAUUUUAUUAUAAUUUUAAUAUUAAAUUAAAAUUAAAUAUUAAUUGUCGUUUAAAACGUAUGUUUGGUACAUUUUUUUUAUUAUUUGAAGAAUGGUGUCUAUUUCUAUUUGGUAUUGAACGUGUUUAUAAUAUUUAUUUAUUAAAUCACUAUGGAUUCAAUAAAAAUACCCAAUCAAUAAUGAAUGAACGUAAUCGAUAUAAAUUACAUUUAUUAAGUAUAAAAAUUUGUACAGGUUUAUUUAUUGCAAUUAUAUUCUCUGCAUUAUGUAAUUAUUUAUGGGUAUUUGGACAAUUUCAUUGGAUUAAUUCAAUUAAUUUAAUGAAUCAAACAUAUAAUAUCACAUUGAUAGAAACGAUUACAUGUAAUGUAACUUUUUGGACCACAGGAUUUUAAUAUAUUGACAAUCUGAAGGUAAAUUUUGUCGUGGACUUAUUGUAUCCCUACAAUUAAUGAAAACUAAACAACACUGGACUAGCGUUCUGUUCUCAUUUCAAACUUCUUGGACGUUUGCUAAUGUGAUUUGCCGGAGAUCAAGUACACUAGUUUCAGACAACAUCUGCGUCACAACACUUUUAAUUCACUGAUUUGCUAUUCUGGUGUUCACAUUUUUAAUUUCUAUCACUGAAUAAUAUUGCGAAACUGUCAUUUACUUCCAACAGUUAUAACUGUCUUAUUCACUAGCAUGACUGCUCCCUCCUGGACAGAACUUCUGACUAGAACGACUUUAAAUCUUCAAAGUGAAUAAUAAUCGACAUUUAAUUUUGUUUGAAGCGAUUAUUUUGUGAAAAUCCAAAGAUAGUGACAUGUUCAAUCAAAGAAUUUUUGAUCAAAAUAUCUAGCAGAAGAGGAAACUACAUAAAACUAAAC